AUGCAGGCAAUCUCCAGACAAACCCGGCCUGCGGGCGCCCUUUUGACGCAGCUUUCGCGGAGAGCCUACACCACGUCGUCGCCCUAUUCCCUCACCAUCCCCAACCUCCGCAUCAAUGGCGAUACCAAGGUUCUCUUCCAGGGCUUCACUGGCAAGCAGGGAAGCUUUCACGCGCAGCAGGCGAUUGACUACGGAACCAAGGUUGUUGGAGGCACAAAUCCCAAGAAGGCCGGCUCAACGCAUCUCGGCCUUCCCGUCUUCGCCAAUGUCACCGAGGCCGUGAAGGCGACCGGCGCAACCGCAACUGCCAUCUUCGUCCCUCCCCCAGUGGCCGCUGCCGGUAUCGAAGAGGCCAUCGCCGCCGAAAUCCCCCUCGUUGUGUGUAUCACAGAAGGAAUCCCCCAGCAUGACAUGGUCCGCAUCACAUCGAUUCUCAAGUCGCAGUCCAAGACGCGCCUCGUAGGCCCUAACUGCCCGGGAAUCAUCGCCCCCGGCCUGUGCAAGAUUGGCAUCAUGCCCGGCUUCAUCCACAAGCGCGGCCGCAUUGGCAUCGUCAGCAGAUCAGGCACCCUCACCUACGAGGCUGUCAACCAGACCACCCAGGCCGGCCUCGGCCAGUCCUUGGUCGUCGGCAUUGGUGGCGACCCUUUCAGCGGCACCAACUUCAUCGACUGCCUCAAGGUGUUCCUGGAGGAUGAGGAGACGGACGGUAUCAUCAUGAUUGGCGAGAUUGGCGGCUCCGCCGAGGAGGAGGCGGCCGACUUCCUCAAGACCUACAACACCGUCAAUGGCGGCAAGCCCGUUGUGUCCUUCAUCGCCGGCAUCUCCGCCCCCCCCGGCCGCCGCAUGGGCCACGCUGGCGCCAUCGUCUCGGGCGGCAAGGGCGACGCCAACUCCAAGAUCAAGGCUCUCGAAUCUGCUGGUGUCGUUGUUGAGCGGUCACCCGCCAGCCUGGGCAAGGCUCUGCGUGACGAGUUCGUCAGGCGGGAUCUUCUCUAA